UAAAUUGAAAGAUGAAAUGCACCUUAUAACUACUCCGUACUCUGUACAGACGAGCAGAAACGCAACAAGGUGAAGCGUUUUACACCCUGACCGUCCGAUUCAAGUGCUCAGGGUUCGUUUUCUGUCCUGUGUAUUAAUAUGAGUGCGCUGGGUUUGGUCCUCCCAUCACUGCUUUAGCACACGGGCCCACGCGCUCCCUCUUUAUAAAUGAGCUCGCGCUGCUCCAGCAUCAGUGUGGCGUAGACAGCGCGCGCAGACACGAGUUUAAACGCAACAUUUCAACUCUUUGACGAUCUAAUCUCGGUGUGAAGUGAAGAGAAUAAAACACAUCAAAGCGUGACAGAACCCUUCGCUGAACUUCGUCAGUCGCUGAUCCGCAGCCCUCAGGAACGGAGCUCCGCAGCGCGAGCUGACUUCCAGUCCGACACCGGUUUGUGUUUGUCAGAUGAUGCAUCAUGGGUGAAGCGUUUACACACACGCAUCAUUGUGGGAAACAUCAGCGUCUGAUGCUCAUCAUAGUGCUGCCUUGUGUGUGCAGCCUUGUGUGUGUGUGUGUGCUGCUGCUAACGCUCACAGGUUUAUUUGGAAAUGGCUUGCUGGAUGGCAAAGGUUUGGUCUCCAUAGCAACACUCACCCCAUUGAGCGACGGGCCAUUUAACAGCACAGGUCUCAGUCUGGUCAAUAACAGAACGGUGGCGGCACACACAGGAUCACAGCAGACCGUCCCGACAACCACCCCCCCGCAGUGGGACUCCGGCCACUGGAUCCUGCCUGCCUCCUCGUCCACAGCAGGUCCCACCUCCACGGCCUCUGAGGACUGGUUCACAGUUGCUUCCAUGGUAACAAGCGUCCAGGCAGAGGCCGGUUCCUGUUCUGACAUCACAGAGAGUCAGUGUCACAUGCUGCCAUACAAUCAGACGGGUUUGUUGCCAGGGGCAACCGUGGUAAAGGGCAGCGAGCUGCAGAUGUUCCUGAAGUUUUUCAGCUAUCUGAGUCGUCUGUCCUGUUUCAGGCACAUCAUGCUGUUCGGCUGCACCAUUGCUCUUCCGCAGUGCGUCACCCGUGAUGACCGCAGGACGCUCAUUCUGCCCUGCCAGUCGUUUUGUGAAGCAGCCCGUGAGGGAUGUGAGCCCGUGCUACAGAUGUUCAACGCCUCAUGGCCCGAGUUUCUCCGCUGCUCUCAGUUCAGCAAUAACACAGCCACGUGUUACACACCCCGACACGGCCGAGGAAAAGCUACUGUGUGUGGUGGAAGUGAUUACUUCUUGUGUGCAACUGGAAUCUGUGUCCCCCGGAAACUAGUGUGCAACGGACACAAUGACUGUGACGACUGGAGCGAUGAGAGCGACUGCACGUGUGCAGACGGUCAGUAUUUAUGUUCGACAGGCCGAUGUGUCUCGUCUGAGCUUCUGUGUGAUGGAUACGAUGACUGUGGUGAUUUCAGCGAUGAGCAGAACUGUGUGUGUGACUCCGUUAAAGAGCAUCGCUGUGUUGAAGGACGCUGUGUUCCUAUUGAAUGGCUCUGUGACGGCGACUAUGACUGCCUGGAUAAAAGUGAUGAGCUGAACUGCUCUUGUAAGUCUCAGGGUUUAGUGGAGUGCAGGAGUGGCCAAUGUAUCCCCAGUGCAUUUCGCUGUGAUGGUGAGGAUGACUGUAGAGACGGCAGUGACGAAGACAACUGCACGAAACAACAAACUCAGGGUUUGUGUCCUCCUGGUCAACCCAGCUGUAUUUCCACCUCCUGCUCGACCAGUUGUCAUGGAAACACUUCCUGUGAUCUUCGCAACACAGGCAGUAACUGCACAGGUGGCUGUGAGCCAAUCUCUUUGGAGAUCUGUAUGAAUCUGCCCUACAACUUCACCAAGUUUCCAAACUAUCUGGGUCAUCAGUCGCAGAAAGAGACAUCAGUGAGCUGGGAGUCUUCUCUCUUUCCUGCUCUGGUUCAGACAAACUGCUACAAAUAUCUCAUGUUCUUUGCGUGUACUGUUCUAGUGCCCAUGUGUGACCCUCUGACACAGCAGAGAGUGCCACCCUGCAGAUCUCUCUGUAGGAAUUCAAAGGAGCGCUGUGAGUCUGUGCUAGGAAUCGUGGGAUUGCAGUGGCCUGAAGAUACAGACUGUGCUCAGUUUCCAGAGGAAGGACAAGCGAACAGCACAUGUUUAAUGCCUGACCAGGACGUGAAUGAGUGCUCUCCCAGUCACUUUAAAUGUGGUUCUGGAAGAUGUGUCCUCUCAUCCAAACGUUGUGAUGGACACACAGACUGUGAUGAUGACAGCGAUGAAGACGCAUGUGGGUGUGUGGAGCGAGGCUUAUGGGAAUGUCCCGGAGACAAAACCUGUAUCCGACACAACAUGAUCUGUGAUGGCUUUCCUGACUGCAAGCAACAAGAAGAUGAAGUCAACUGCUCGGAGUGCAGCAGUCAUGAGCUGGAGUGUAAUAAUCAUGAGUGUGUUCAUCGUUCAUUCUGGUGUGAUGGCAGGAAACACUGCACAGACAGCUCUGAUGAGUGGAACUGUGUUUCUCUCUUUGAUGAUGGAACGUUGCUGGUGUAUAAAUCAGGCCUGGAGUAUCAGGUGUGUGCAGACGGAUGGAGCUCGAACCUCAGCAGCAUCACAUGCACACAGAUGGGUUUAGGUUCCUCUCUUUCCACACAGGCAGUUGAGGCUGAGUCUCUUUCUGUGAUACGCAGACGCUGGCUGCACGUCCACCCAGACUGGAGUCAACAUGACACGUCUCCCCUUCAGGGCCUACUAGGAAAGAGAGGGCACAGUUGUCCAUCACACAUGAGGGUCUCGCUAAAGUGCCCUAAACACGACUGUGGGCGUCGCCCUGCAGCUCGAAUGGUGAAGAGGAUUCUGGGAGGGCGUACAAGUCGCCCAGGGCGUUGGCCAUGGCAAUGCUCUCUUCAGAGUGACCCCAGCGGCCACAUCUGUGGCUGUGUGCUCAUUGGCCGUAAAUGGGCCCUAACUGUAGCGCACUGCUUCGAAGGACGGGAGAGUGCAGACGUGUGGAAAGUUGUUCUUGGGAUUAAUAAUCUGGAUCACCCUUCUCCAUACAUGCAAACACGCCAAGUGAAGAGCAUCAUCGUUCACUCGAGAUACAACCGGGCGGUUGUGGACUACGACAUCAGUGUGUUGGAGCUGGAGUCCGAGGUGGAAGUGACCAGUUACGUGCGACCCAUCUGUCUACCCGACCGCGAUCAGCUGCCCAAACCCGACAAAUACUGCCACAUAACAGGCUGGGGUCACGUGGGGAACAGAAUGCCCUUUAAGCUACAAGAGGGUGAGGUGCGCAUCAUCUCCGUCUCACAGUGUCAGUCUUACUUUGACAUGAAGACCAUCACAUCACGGAUGCUGUGUGCCGGAUACGAGGCGGGAACCAUCGACUCGUGCAUGGGUGACAGUGGAGGACCGUUGGUCUGUGAGGAAGACGAUGGACGCUGGUUUCUCUACGGUUUGACCUCCUGGGGCUCUGUGUGUUUCUCUAAGGUCCUGGGCCCCGGCGUCUACGCCAACAUCACUCAUUUCACCGAGUGGAUCGAGAGACAGAUUUACCUUCGUACAUUUCACCUGCUGUAGGUCAAGCCCCCCCACACACACAUAAGCACGUUGGCAAGGAGAAAUGUCUUUGUGAACAAAAGAAAUGAAGAGCAGUGGAACUAGAGCACUUCAUGCUGAUGUGUGUUGUGAGCGUGCGGUUACACCCUGUUACUGUAGCUGUUUGCUUGCGUCUAUGACUCUGUUGUUGAACUCAUUCAGAGUUCAGCUGCGCGCGCGUGUGUGCGUAUGUAUCAGACCUGUUUCAAAGAUCCUGCGACUGCAGCAUUGUAAUGCAACAGCAGUAACAAUAACAAGUUUGUGAGCAUUUCACAUUCUCACUCCAUCACAUCUAGAGUCUAAGCUGACAGAAGAAAAGGAUGCUGGAUGGGUUCAACCUGCUGUAAAAGCAAGACACAGCUGAAAAAACCUUCCUUUCAGAUUGUGUUGCUAAUGUAAAUCUUGUGCUCUUGACACCUGUUUCUUUCAUUGUGUUAUUCUUUUUUUUUUACAUAAAAUGAGUGUGUGGGUGUACGUGUGCGCAUGGGCGUAAAUCUCGAUUUAAUAGUGGGGGGGACAAUACAUAUAAAAUUUCUCAAGAGCAAUUUUUGAAGGGGACAUAAAUAACACAGUCAAAAUUGUAUUUACUACGACACCAAGCGACAAUAUGCAUCAGGUUUAUAGGUGUUUCGUGCAGACUUGCAGUCAUAUUAUAACUGAAUUGAAAUUGUGAACAAUAAAGAUUUUUUCCAUUUA